AUGCGUCGCAACCGGAGCGCCGCGAGUCCCACGACGUGUCAUGAGCCAGACAGAGCGAGUGAACCAUCAGUCGAAUCCACGAGGGAGCAGUCCGAGUCAGGACGAGGUCUCACAGUAGCGGGUCCAAGGCAGUCCACUAGCGCAACCGUACAGGGUCCUGGGGGGGGGGGGCGGGGGGGGGGGGGGAGGGGGGUGGGGGGGGGGGGGGGGGGGGGGGGGUGCCAUCAUAUGCCGUCCAUCAUGAGGGGGAUCUGGGUGGGGGAGUAG